AUGUCUGGUCUAGAUGGCAUUGAAGACGAUGACGACACCUUCUAUUACGAGGUGGAGGAAAUCAUUCAAAUGAUCGUAACCGAUAAUGGUGUUCGAAUGUUUGAAAUCAAGUGGAAAAAUUAUGAUUCUUUACACAAUACGUGGGAGCCAGAACAUAAUUUGAACUGUCCUUCGAUAUUGAAGGCUUUUUUUGAAAAGCAUGGCAUAGACCCAACGCCAUUUCAGAAGAAAAAAAGAACGAAAAAGAAGAGCCGGAGCGUAGAAGUAACAGAAGCAGAAGCAACAACAACAACAACAGCAUCAUCAACAACAACAACAACAACAACAGCAGAAUCAGUACCUUCGGUGGAACCAGACACUCCAGUAGUAUUAACUGAAGAAGAAAGGGAAACCGAGGAAGCAGGUAGGCGAAAGGCAGAGAGAAAAUUGAAAAAACAAAAGCGAAGAGAAGAAAAAAGAUUGAAUAAACUUUUAGAGGAAAGAAAAGCCUGGGAAAAAGCAACUAUUGAUAACAAAAAAGCUAAAGAAGAUAAUAAACAAAGAAGAUUAACAAUCGCACAAGGAACUGAUCUUAUUGAAAAAGCAAGACAAUUGAGCGGAAUUGGUCCAUCUGAUCAACAAAUUGAGGAAGAAGAAGAAAAGAGACGGCUGGCCGAAAAAAGACAAGUGGAUGAGAUCAAGAAAGCAAAUGCCUUAAGGAAAGCUGAAAUGGAGUAUCAGAAAGCAGCUGCUCAAAGAAAAGCAGAGGAAGGAGAUGAACCUGCCAAAGUAGUCUCAACAAAACCUUUUAUUUCAAACAAUCAAAGAAUUAAGUCAGAUGAACCUUUUAUUCCAAACAAUCAAAGAAACAAAACAGAUGAAUCUUUUACUGCUAUUAAGCGAACUGUCAAUGCCAAGCCUCCUUCUACGGGUGGUGUUGACAUUCUCAAGUUAGUAGAGUCCAUAAAACAGCCGUUGGCUAUAUCCAAAUACCCACAACAAAGACCCACUAGUACAGUCCGACCUCCGUUCAAUUACCCACCUCCAUCUCACCACUCACCAUCUAAAUUAGUACCGCCCAAGCAACUUCCACCAAAACCACCAUUACCCAAGCCAACUCCACCUGCACAACCACCACCAACACCCGUACCUACUCCUCCAGCACCUCCAACCAGAAAUCCUCCAGUUACGACGAUGGAAAGAUUGGAUCCUAGAAGACAACGAGAAAAUCAACCGGAACAGCAGCAACAACCCACAGUUUAUGAACCCAUCACCAUUAAGCGACAAUUCUCUAACUCAAAGGAUCCCCGAAUGAAUGCUGACAAUUUCAAAAAAAUCAAGCUUUCAAAUUCAACAGCAUUAGCUACUCCGUUUGAACUGGAUACUUUGCUUUAUAAUGGAAAUAAAUUCAUUGCAUCUGUCAAAGUGGAGGGAAAACAGACUUGUUAUCACGAAGCUCAAAUCAUGAAACUUAUUAGUCAAGGAGAUAAGAAUGAGAUUCGAGCCAUGUUCACUGUACCUUUAAAGGCACUAAAUACCAUUUUAUGCGGUCGACCUAUCAGUUUCAUGAAUAUUAUACCUAAAGACAACUUGAUUUAUGUUAGUAAAUUAAAGAGUUACUAUCAAGUGAAUGAAAUGGCUGGCGUUGUCCAUCAUCCCGACAUGAAUCAAGCAAUUGUUCUGUUGGCAGAAGACGAUCUUAAAAAAUUAUCCAACUUGCCAACAGACACUGGUCUCGGUAUCGCUUACAACCGUUUAUGCGCAAUAUUCAUUGACGAUUUAGUUGAAAGACCCAAAUGUUUAUCCAAAGAAAUUGUAUAUGACACCGAUAGUAAGGAUUAUACUACUCCAUAUACUUGGAAUCUGGUGGCUGAAUAUUUAAAAUUCCCGGAGGAGCUGAAUCAGUUGAAAAACAAGGCAAAAUUUGUCAUUUAUGGAUCAUCCGAAUCAAGUCAAAUGUUGAUCAGGGCAAGCGGAGCUUUAAAAACUUCACAACAUGGAGCUUCCUCAUAUGUCAUGAUGUUUGAUCGCUUUGGUGAGAUGUAUUUCAAUCGUAAUUUAUCAAAACAUAAGAAGGAAGCGGCAACUCGUAUGUGGGAAUUUGGUGUGCCUGAUUUCUCAUAUGGCGACAUGAUUCCUGCAAAGGAAAUUUUUCCUAAAAAUUCCGGUGGAUUUGUGACAACCGAUAUGUCAAAUCUCUCUUCAAACCCUCUCAUCAUACAAACAAUCCACUCUGAAAUUAAAAAGCUCAAUGCCAUGCCAACUGUACACGGACAAUGGUCCUUUAUUCUGCCUCAUAAUUGGCUUUAUUGCCUCAAAAUGAUGGUUCUUGACCAUGAAUCAGGCCAACGUGUCAAGGAGGCUAUUGUAGCGAUUUCCAUUGGUCUUAGUAAUGAUUCAGUUCAAAUCGUUAAGUUAUGGUGUGCGGAAGAUGGCGAUUUUAAUCACAUUCAUUUUAUGGACAGAGUAGCACAUAACAACUACCAAACACAUCAGUAUUUCGUCUAUGUGGAUGAUAUUGCAUCUGUCUCCCCUAGUCACUAUAUCAACAGUCUCGAAUUUGUACCGAGUUCAAAAAUUUAUUCUAACUUUUCUUAA